GAUGACGUCGCGCUGGGCGAAGCUGAAGACGCUCUUAGCAACAAGCUAAGAAACCGCACAUCUAUACGCGCACCAUUAAGAGACGGAACCCGCAUCCAAACCACUCAGAAGAUUGGCGAGAGCACUUGUUUGACACGUCUGAAAGUGUUUGGAAGUGUUUCUGAGUUAAUUUGACCUCCUUGUUUCUAUAAUGAAAGCAAGGUAGGCUUGUACUAUCCGGGAACGAGGAAACGCUAGCCUGAGCUUUAGCUGCCCGCUGGACCGUGUGCUCGGGCUGGGAUGACUCUUCUGUUCAAACCAAUAACACGAAAUUUAAGAGAGGGGAAAAGCGGAGGUAAUCGACAUCUGUUUAAUGUCUGGACUCAAUCUCAUUGUGCUUUAAGGAGACAGUUUGUCAAGACGGAAACGCUUUUUUGUCCCCUGCAACUUUGAGUCUUCAUCAUCAUCAUCAUCAUCAUCAUCAUCGUUAUCGAGGACGACCGAUAAUACCAUAAUUUGGUUUCUUCUGAUGCAUUUGUGAAUGUAUGCACAUCUAGCUCCAUUAUCUAUGGGUUCGGACCUUCUUGCUGGAAAUACAGAUACCUCUUACUGCUUCUCCAGACCUGCAAUACAGGUGGUCAAAUUGAUAAGCCUCGUGAAAACGGCUUAAAGAGGAUCAUGCCUGAAUCCUGCAGCACUGUGAAAUCGUCUAUCUAGCCUCUGAACAUCUGACAAGCUUCCCCUCGGAUAUGAGACUCUGUUGAUGUUUUAAUAAUCUCACUAGAAGGACGUUGCGUUGUUGUUUUGGAUGGAUCUCACUUUAGCGAAAACAUUUUUCAGAGGAAAAAGAAAUAUUUGAUGUUGACUGCAUGCAACCAUGAUGAUACUGAGCAGAAAACCAGAUGGCCCCAUAACUGCAGCACGCCACGGAGACGGUCUGUAUGACUCCUACAUGCGCAACGAUCACAUUGUGAACCAAGAUGCUGAUGUGAAUGGGCAGAGUCCCUCUGGACUGCCCCCUCUCCCCAAACACACUGGUGUGAACAAGCCUACAAUGAAGGAUCACCAAGCAAUCCGUGGAGGACAGGUGAAAGUGAAGUAUGUUUACGAGGACACCUACAACCGCAAACUUAAUGGAGUUAGCCAGCACAAUGGCACAAGCCAAGUACCAGCUAAGCCCCAGCCUGCAAUCUCCAAAGAGAGAAGCGUGGACAGCAACAGUUCUGUGAAGUCUUCAGAGAGCUCAACAAAAGUCACAAAGCUGGGUAGCCCAAUGACCCCCGAUCAAGCUCUCAAGCAAUACUGGCAGCAGCUGACUACCUUGGAGCAGCAGGAGAUCCAUAACUAUCCAGAGAUCUAUUUCCUGGGACCAAAUGCGAAGAAAAGGCAGGCAGUAGCCGGGGGCACCAAUAACAGUGGAUAUGAUGACGACCAGGGAGGAUACAUCCAUGUACCUCAUGACCACCUUGCCUAUCGAUAUGAGUUCCUCAAGGUGAUCGGCAAAGGUAGUUUUGGACAAGUGGCGAAGGUUUACGACCACAAGUUACAGCAGCACCUAGCCUUGAAGAUGGUGCGUAACGAGAAGCGCUUCCAUCGGCAAGCUGCUGAGGAGAUCCGGAUUCUGGAGCACCUGAAAAAGCAAGACAAGACGGGAAGCAUGAACGUAGUUCACAUGUUGGAAAAUUUCACCUUCCGCAAUCAUAUAUGUAUGACUUUUGAGCUGCUUAGCAUGAACCUGUACGAGCUCAUCAAACGCAACAAGUUCCAGGGUUUCAGUCUCCCGCUGGUGCGCAAGUUUGCACACUCUAUUCUCCAAUGCUUGGAGGCUCUCCAUCGCCAUAAGAUCAUCCACUGUGACCUGAAACCAGAAAAUAUCUUACUGAAGCAGCAAGGCAGAAGUGGGAUCAAGGUCAUUGACUUCGGGUCCAGCUGUUUCGAUCACCAGCGUGUCUACACGUACAUCCAGUCCCGCUUCUACCGUGCACCAGAAGUCAUCUUGGGAUCUCGAUAUGGUAUGCCUAUAGACAUGUGGAGCUUUGGUUGCAUUCUGGCAGAGCUGCUCACAGGUUACCCUCUCUUUCCUGGUGAAGAUGAAGGUGACCAGUUGGCCUGCAUGAUGGAGCUACUAGGCAUGCCACCUCAGAAACUGCUGGAACAAGCCAAGCGUGCCAAGAACUUUAUCAGCUCCAAAGGCCACCCACGCUACUGUACGGUCAGCACACUUAGCAAUGGCACCGUAGUCCUCAAUGGUAGCCGUUCUCGCAGAGGAAAAAUGCGAGGUCCCCCAGGAAGCAAGGAGUGGGGGUCGGCCCUCAAAGGCUGUGAUGACCCCACGUUCAUUGACUUUCUGAAGAAGUGUCUGGAUUGGGACUCUAGUACUCGGAUGACACCAGUUCAGGCCUUAAGACACCCUUGGCUCUACAAGAGACUGCCCAAGCCUACACCUGGUGGAGAGAAGUCCACAGCGCCCAAACGGAUCACAGAGCACAGCACCUCUUUCCCUACUAUCAUCUCCAAGGUACCCCCUGUCAUGGGCUCAACCAACAACAAACUGCGGACCACCAUGAUGGGGGACUCCACCGGAAGUAUACCUUUUCGCACAGUGCUGCCGAAGCUUGUUUCAUAGAGAUUCCUUAGCUUUUCAGGGAUAAAGACAUAUGUAGCAGUUUUAGAAGUGGAUUUUUUUUUCCUGAUUUGGUUUUUUUUUUUUUUUUUUUUUUAAACGAGUGUCAAAACUCAAGAGUUUCAAUUUUUAAUGAAGUUUAACAAGCAAAAAACAAUUUUAUACAACUAUACUGUGUUUUUAUCAAAUGGCCUUCAGCGUGUAAAAUGCAAAGUUGACAUCAGGGCUGUUUUAUUUACACCUUGGUCUUGAAUUGAGUGCUGUUGAUUGGAGUGGGUGAAAGUUUGAUGCUGACUGCUCAUCCUGUCCUUUCUGAAGUUUACACUACUUCUGCUCAGACAAACCUAUAACUUUUGCUUGUAUGUGACUCUUUCCAAGGGCUUAGAAUGGAUUUUUACAGUUCUGAGAAAAAAAAACAGACAAACUUUCAUUUAAAACCAUUUCAAAAUGUGUAGUUUAAAGUCUAUUUUAUCAUCACAAUGAUGGUCUAAUUCAGAUGAGUACUUUUGUUAUUUUAACAGUAUCCUCCCUCAGUCACUUGCAUCCCAGUGAGAGGUCAAACUCUGUUUAUUAUUUGAGAAGAUAUUAGUUUGGAUUACUCUAGAACAAGAUAAAGAAAGUUAUAUUUGUUUGUAAGUGGUAGAGUAAUACAGGCCACAGUGCUUUUUAAUGGCCAUGCCCAUUCCUGGCAUGCCGUGGGAGAGAUGGGCACUAUUUCACAAGUGUCAUAGGAACGUGCUUUUAUCAGUGCUGUUUUGAAAGAUAUUUGUCAGGUUUCAUUUGAAGGCAACAGGCAGUAUCACGUGUUUGUCUGUACAUGGUAGUAUGCAUUUCCCCUAAGCUGUUAGUGGGGGAAGGGAAUUGUUGGCAGUAUUUUCAAUAACAGUGUGCUGUUUGCACUGAGCGUUGAUGGAUAUAGCUAGUGUGAGGACUUCAUAAGUAUAUACAAAAGGUAGAAGAAAUGCAUUCUUCAAGGUUGCGUUUGACAUUUGAACCUCACCCAUGUCCAGCUAUUUUUAAUAUUAAAUUUUUUUUGGUUUUUGCAACUAUUCUUGCCACACAUACUGUGAGAGAAAUAUAUAUUUAUAAAGAUAAAAUACCCAACGUUACUAAAUAUAUAAUGCAGGGUAUUUGCCCUCCCACAGAGCUUAGCGUCAGUAAAUCAAGGGGUUAAUUUCCAGUAACUUGAAUUUGUAGUCUGAAAUAUCUCUUCAUAGUGGCCUAUUUUCUUCCCUUUCACUCUUAGGUUUACAGGAGACUCUUGUUCUUUAUACAGCUGAGCACACAGCACAUUCACCCACCCACAAUGGCUCUGGUCAGUGUCUGCACUUUGAGUAUUUGUCCAUGUGAAAUCAGGACAAACAAUAUAUGCAUUUGGUUGUUCAGAACGUUGCUGUAUGAUCUAACGUAAGCAUGUUUUUUUUUGACACUGCCUCACUCUUUCUAGCUGUGAAUUGAACACGUAAUGUUUAGAAGCUAACUGUUGCAAGGUAAGACACUAAUCUGCUAAAGGACUGUGAAACCGAAUGGCGUGCACAAAGCAUCUGUGUGCUACCUGGACCAAGUGGAUACCAGGCAAGUAGUUGUGAAAGUCCUCUUAAUUGGAAAAACAACAUUGUCUUUUCACGCCUCUUUCUCAGGUUCUAACUUUCCUUUGUAGUUUAAUGGACAUUUAUAUAUGAUUCCACAUACAAGAUGGUGAUGGUCUGGCUCUCAAUUAAAGCUGGUUUUCAGAAAAGCUUUAUCUCUUCAGAGAUACUGGUGCUCGAAUUAGACUAUAAACUGUAUGGUGUCUUUGUCCAUUCGUAAUAAUAUUUGGGUUCGUACGUGGUCUCCUGCUAAGUUCCAGUUGUUCUGCGUGUUUUUGGAAUACAUCAGGGAAAAGUGUCCAGGCAAAAGUGGUUUUAGUGUUUUUUCUACCUCUUUCUUGCUUGUGAAAUCCAUCUUGUAUGCUGUAGAGAGAUCUCUACCACACAAAUAACAGCAUCUCGCUCCGCAUCAUCUGCUUCACUUUGGCGUACCUGCCUGUUAUCCUGAACUUUUCACCAAAGCACCCGUUAACUUAGCUGUCUCUCUGUUGUUCGUCUCGGUGCGUGGACCCCUCGGUUUGAGGGAAUCUAGUCUUGUGCCUUUUAACUGAACACACUUGACUAAAUCAACGCUAAGCACGGGAUGACUAAUGUUUCUCUUCCAGCUUUAAUGGUCAGGUUUUUGUAUUGCUUUUAUUUCACCCUUUUAUAGAGUUUUUACUGUUACUCGUGUUUUAAAGAGAAUUGAAAGAGAUAAUGAUGUAAUUUUCCUUCUAACUUUGUCUCUUGUCUGUUGGCUAUGUGGUUCAGAGCAUGAUAAUCACAGAACGCAUGAAAAUAAGUGGUAAAGUGAAACGGGAUUAAAUGACGAGAUUUAAAUAAGGACGAAGUGUGUGUAAGUAACCAAACGAGCUUGUAUUAGUUUCUUUUCUAAAAAAAAAAGGAAAAAGAAAUAAAAUCAUUAUUACCAGUCA